UGCAAGGAUUCUACGUCUUUCCAACUUUUCCGCUGAAAAAAUGGAACGCAACGAGGAAGAUUGGUCGGUAGAAUGCUCGGACGACGAGAAAUACGAAAUGGAUGGAAAGAACGAAUGGACUUUGAAGCCCGACGAUAUAUUAACGUUGAUCGAAGCCCUCGAAGCGAACAACAGAAUUUUGGAACUGGAGUGGAAAUGUCCUGGUAGAAGAGGUCCUUCUCCUGUUCUGUCAAACAAUCGUCAACAAGAUAACGGGUCGCAAGAGUACAAGACGGAAGAAAAGUCCGACUUUGAUUUCAUGGACGAAAUGUCGUCGCCGAGAUUACCGGUUCGUAGAAUAGGCGAAAGUACUCCGAAAGGAAGCGCCAAGAAGAAAACAGCCAGUUUCAACGGUGUGCUCUCCACCAUGUUGCGACAUCGUAGAUUAGAACAGCAGGAAAUCAAUUCGAGCCCGAAAAAGAGCGAGUCGCCUGUGUCGAAAACACAGCCACCAACUUAACCGGCGGUUGAUUAAUAUCGCGCGUUGCGACCAAUAUGACCGUACCAGCGAAAUACGCGUGUCAUUUUUCUUCGGAUACGUACACACGCAUCAGAGAAGACACGCACGCAUAUCUAUGCGC